AAAGAUAGCAAAGUAUAAAACUCUAUCACUCUCUUCACUUUACAAAGGAAACCCUUUCUGAAUAAUUUGCCAUGUCUCUGAAAAUGUUUCAAAUUUUGGUGUCUGCUCUGCUGUUUACAGCUUCUGUGUCGAGCGUCCUUGGAGCACCCUUUCUGACAGAAGAACCAGCGAAUCAAUUCAUGCGGCUCAAGCGACACAUUCCAUGUUCUCCCAGCUACUGGGACUCCAGCAGCAGCCAGAAGACAUGGGCACACACCCUGGCUGAACAGAUUAGUGAAUCGUGGGCAGCUCUGAGGGAAACAGCACAAUCCUACAUGGACUUGGAGCCUUUUGCCUUCGAUCCUCCGACAGUUGUGUUCGAUGGGGUUUCCCAAGAGAACAUUUCAUAGACUCGCAGCCUGUGUGUACCUAAGUGAGUAAAACUGACCCUUACAAAACUGCUGACAUUGGUUUAAUAGUGUCGUAACCUGACGCAGUGAAAAACCCAAUUGUAUCUUGAAAAAUUAAGGAAGAAUUGUUUCUACUGCCCAAGCUUA